AUGCGUGAUAUCAUUGUGUUUUCCGGGUCCUCGAACCCAGACCUGGCCGAGCGUGUGUGUCGCAACCUCGGCCUUCCUCCGGGAAAGGUCGAGCUCAGAAAGUUUGCCAACGGCGAAACGUCUGUCCAGUACGGCGACUCCGUUAGAGACAAGGACGUCUUUAUCAUCCAGACAGGAGCAGGCCACGUGAACGAUUUGUUUAUGGAACUGCUCAUCAUGAUUUCCGCCUGCAAAAUGGCUUCUGCCAAACGUAUCACCGUCAUCUGUCCGCUGUUCUUCUACUCCAGACAGGUCGACUCCAAGGGCAGCAAACGGGGUGCUCCUAAUGGAGCCCAGCAUAAGGGCACCCAGAUCGCAGAUAGCGUUCCGUCCUCGCCCAAACUGGUCUCCAGGUUCUCCCAUGACCCGACGCCAAAAGAGAUUCUCAACCAGAAAGCGCGCGGAUCCUCUGCAGCCCCUGCACUCCAAACCCUGCGCACAAACGACGCUGCCAUAGCCACCACAGGGUACCGUUCAUGGAUCGCACAGAGUGGCACUCUGGUCGCCAACCUCAUCACGUCUGCUGGAGCAAACCAUAUCAUUACCAUGGACCUUCACGACGCCCAAUUCCAGGGCUUUUUCGACAUCCCAGUCGAUAACCUGCUCUCCAAACCCCUGUUUCAACAUUACAUCACAAACUACGUUCCGGACUAUAAAAACUGCGUGAUUGUCUCUCCCGACGCUGGUGGUGCAAAGAGAGCAGCAGCCAUAGCCGACGUGCUAUCCAUGCCGUUCGCCUUGAUCCACAAAGAACGUCGCCAAAUGGCAGACCAGACCCCUUCCCAGGACCUCAUGGCCCACUCCAACCCGUCCAGUUCGAGCGUCAACAGCGUCAGCUUUGCAACUCCCGGUCUCUCCAUGCAACGGUCGCCGUCUACCGCUUCGAUGUCGCAGUCGGCAGUCGAACAGUACGUUGCAACCACCAUGCUGGUUGGCGAAGUGCAAGAUAAAGUCUGUGUUCUUAUUGACGAUCUAGUUGAUACAUCCAGUACAAUCACCCGUGCAGCCAGCCUGCUAAAAGACCAGGGUGCCAAGUAUGUCUAUGCGUUGAUCACCCACGGGAUUUUCAGUGGUGAUGCAACCAGCAAGCUGAAAAACUCAGCAAUCGAUAAGAUCAUCACCACAAACUCUGUCGAUCAGACCACUCAUUAUACACAAAUCGGCGCAGACACCAUGGUGAUACUGGACGUCUCGCGCAUCUUUUCGGAGGCAAUCCGGAGAAUCAACAACGGUGAGUCGGUGUCGAUGUUAUACGACCAUGGCUGGUGA